AACGGCGUGACGUCACUGCCGCGGUUGCUGUUACCGCCCCGCCCCACAACGUAAUAACGUUCCAGGGGGGGGGAUACGUGUUUAAAUUUAUUUUACAAAAACAACUUUGCUUCGCUUAGCAGCAGGCGUAUUAAAUUGUAUCUUUAGAAGGAACGUUUAUGACGGUAUCGGUCGAUCUUAACCGAUUUUAUCUAUGUAAGCAUAAAAAAAGAAAAACGAGCGUCCAGAACCUAAAGUGCCAUUUACCUCGUUAUGCUUAACUGUUUCUCACCGGAAACUUUCUUUUAACCCGCCAAUGAACGACCACCGAGGGGAUGGGGUGAAAGGGGGCCGGGGGAGUGGGGGUGAUGACGUCAUGCCGAUCGCGACCCCGUGCGAUGACGUCAUCGCGCGCUUUGGGCGGGGACCUGGGUGGGUCGGGGGACGGACGGGUGCGUGAUGACGUCACGCCGAUCACGCGCCCUCUCGCGAUGAUGUCAUCGCGCUGUUUUUUGUCGUGACGUCACGCCGGUGUUUAGUGGGAUGACGUCACGCGCGGUACGUCGCCGUGAUUGUUGAUUGUUUAUUUAUUUACUCGGCUCGCCGCCGCCGCCGCGAGCCGGGGGGCGUCUAAGGCAUCGCCGUGGGGAGUUAAAAACACAACCACAACUACCACAACUACCACAACCACACAACGACACAACUACCACAACCACAACUACUACAACCACACAGUGACACACACAGUGACACACACAACCACACACACAGUGACACACACAACCACACACACAACCACACACACAGUGACACACACAGUGACACACACAGUGACACACACAACCACACACACACAGUGACACACACAACCACACACACAACCACACACACACAGUGACACACACACAACCACACACACACAGUGACACACAACCACACACACACAGUGACACACACAACCCCACACACAACCACACACACAGUGACACACACACAACCACACACACACAGUGACACACAACCACACACACACAGUGACACACACAACCACACACACAACCACACACACAGUGACACACACACAACCACACACACACAGUGACACACAACCACACACACACAGUGACACACACAACCACACACACAACCACACACACAGUGACACACACACAACCACACACACACAGUGACACACAACCACACACACACAGUGACACACACAACCACACACACAGUGACACACAUCUACACACACACAACCACACACACAGUGACACACACAACCACACACACAGUGACACACACAACCACACACACAGUGACACACAUCUACACACACACAGUGACACACACAACCACACACACACAGUGACACACAUCUACACACACAGAGUGCGCGGGUAGCGGCCCCAGCAGCCCUCUGGUGAGGAGGCCUCAGCCCCCUGGUGAGGAGACGGCCUCUGGUGAGGAGCCCUCUGGUGAGGAGCCCUCAGCCCUCUGGUGAGGAGGCCUCAGCAGCCCUCUGGUGAGGAGGCCUCUGGUGAGGCGGCCCCCUGGUGAGGAGACCCUUUGGUGAGGCGGCCUCAGCAGCCCUUUGGUGAGGAGGCCCUCUGGUGAGGAGGCCUCAGCCCCCUGGUGAGGAGACAGCCUCUGGUGAGGAGCCCUCUGGUGAGGAGCCGGCCUCUGCAACAACGGCAGCAACAGCAACUUUGAGCAGCAGCACUGGCAACGUGAAGACAAUUGCAGCGGACGCAGCAACAGCAGUGGAAUUGAAGACAGCAUCAGCAGCAACAGCAUCGACAUUGGCAACAGCAGCACCAUUGGCAACAGCAGCAGCAUCAGUCGUAAUAAUCAUCAGAAUCACCACACGCACAACAGCAGCGUUACAUCAACAAUAGCAUCGCCACACGCAGCAGCGGGAAGCUCUGUAUCACAAAAUAAUUCCUGGCUCCACCAUCUCCACCACCACCAUUGCCGCCACCGGCCAAACACACUAGCGCCAGCGCAAUGACUCGCCUCACAUGAUGGACACGACCGCAGCCAUGCCUGCAGAAGAUGGCGGCGGCGGCGGUGGCGCUGGCGGUGCUGACGGCAGUAACAGCAGCAGCAACAACAGCAGCAGCAGUGUCACCCUACGCAUUGGCACGAGUGUCAAAGCGGGCCAAGCUCCCAGUUGCGCCGCCACCGCGGCAGUGGGCGCCACCGCGCCGGUGAGCGCCACCGCGCCGGUGAGCGCCACCGCGCCGGUGAGCGCCACCGCGCCGGUGAGCGCCACCGCUCCGUCCUCCCCGGGGCCGCCCUCGCGCUCGCUCCUGGUGUUCGCCACGGGCUGGGCGCUGCUGGCCGCGGGGCUCUCCCUGCCGCUGCUGCUGCCGGCGCUGCUGCCGGGGCUGCGGGCGCUGCUGCUGGCGCUGCUGUGGGGCGUCUGCUUCGCGCUCGGGGUGGUGGACGCGCUGAGGCCUGGCGCCGCCGCCGCCGCCGAGCCCGACCCGCGCUUCCGCCAGCGGCGACUGUGGAGGCGCCGGCGGCUCCAGCGGCGGUCGCUGGCCCAGGAGCGCCUGGAGGAGCUCUCGAGGGCGAUAAUGGCGAUCCCGUCGCAGUGCUCGCAGAACAGACGGAUCCACUUGUCUCACACCAUGGACAAGGCGCUCAAGGAAGUGUGGGAGUACGUGCUGCGGGACUUUGUGCUCUCGUGGUACGCGCCCCUGAGCCUGGACCAGGCGACGCUGCAGGCCCUGCUCACCGAGGACCUGUGGGCGGCCGUGCGGGAGGCCCGCUCGCGGCUGGGCCGCGUGGACGCGCCGCGCCUCGUUGCCCGGGACUUGGCGCGCGCCCUCACCGCGCACUUUGCCGCGCUGCGCGUCGCCAGCGACAGGUGGGAGGCGGAGCGCCUCCCCUUCCCGCUGCACCCGUGCCUGCGCAGCUCGCAGGCGGAGCUGCAGUUUGUGCGCGCGUGCACGCGGGCGCUGCUGCUGGCGCUGCUGCCGCGGCGCGACGCUCGCUCCCUGGGCCUCGUCGUCGUCCUCACGGAGGUGUUCGCCGUGAGAGUACUGAAGCCGCUGGUGGAGCUGCUGAGCGACCCGGACUUCGUGAACCGCUCGCUCCUCGCCGAGCUGGAGCGUCGCGGCAGCGGCGGCGCGGGGAGCAAGCACCCCCGCUCCUACGCCUACGCGCCCAGCUACGAGGACUUCGUCAAACUCAUCCACGGCAGCAGCGACAUCGACUUCCUCAUGCAGCUCAGGUACCAGAUCAUGGUGGAGAUCAUUCAGGCCACCACGCUCAGCCACUUCCCGCAAGUCAAGAACGUGAGCAGGGAGGCCGGCAAGGGGGAGCUGCUGCGCUCACGGAACGUGAAGCGCUACCUGAACCAGCUGACGGUGGCGCGGGCGCAGUGCGACAAGCGCAUCGCGCUGCUGGGGGGGGGGGCCUGGCCCCCGCGGGGAGGGGGCACGGCCGUCCCCGACGGGGAGAGGGGGGGGCCGCCCGCCACCACCCCGCACCGUCGCCUGCUGAGGUUCGAGGAGGUGCUCGCCAGCGCGUCCGCGCGCCAGUGCUUCGGCCGCUACCUGGAGCGCUGGGACAAGCGCACGCUGCUGGACUACUGGGAGGCGGUGGAGCACCUCAAGCAAGCGCCCAAGACCGACACGGCUCAGAUCGUGGGCGAGAUUUACCAGGACUUCUUCGUGGACAGCCGGCGCGCCAUCGCGGUCGACCGCGCCAGCUACCGCGCGGUGCAGGAGUGCAUCUCGGGCGAGCGCGGCCCCGAGGUGCUGCACGGCAUCCAGGCGGGCGUGGCCUCCUCGCUGCGGGACAAGUACUACCCCUCGUUCCUCGUGAGCCGGGCCUACGAGGCGUGGCUGGCGGGCAGCGCCCGGGAGGGCGACGCGGGCGCCGGCACGCCGCCCGCCCCCGACCGGGCCGAGGGGCGCCGCUCUGCCGUCGUGCGGGGCUCCGGGGCGGCCGACGAGGAGGAAGGGGAGGAGGAGGAAGAUGACGAGGAGGAGGAGGAGGAGGAAGAGGAAGAUGUGGUGGUGGUGGAGGAGGAAGUGGUGGAGGAGGAGGAGGAGGACGAGGAGGAGGAGGAGGAGAUGGAAGAAGACGACGGCGAGGAGGGAGACGAAGAUGGAGGCGCUGGCGCUCGCGCCGAGGAGGGUGGCGGCCGCGGUGGCCUUGGCAGGGGCGGCGCGGGGGGCGGCGCGGGGGGCGGGGGCAGCCCCCCCUGCGAGCAGACGGACGCCGCCGUCUCCAAGCUGCACCAGCUGAGCGAGAAGCUGGAGUACAAGCGGCAGGCGCUGGCCUCCAUCCUCACCGCCCCCAAGCCGGACCGCAAGAUGGUGGGCAAGCUGGAGAGUGACAUCGCGGCGCUCAGGAAGGAGUGCCAGGAGCUGGACUUCCACAUCGAGCGCACGGACACGUGGUGGGAGAAGAUCGGCCAGUGGACGGCCACCAUCUCCCACUGCGAGGCGGAGGAGGAGGGCGGCGAGCAGGUGCCGUGCUACGUGAUCAUGGUGCAGCUGGGCCGUGCCGAGCGCCCCUCGGCCUCCUCCAUGGGCUGGGUCGUGUCCCGCACCCUCGCCGACUUCCACCGGCUGCACCGCCGCCUCUGCGAGUGCUGCCCUGCACUGAAGAAAAUGCCUCUGCCCACCCUGAGUAAGAUCCCCUUCAAAUCCAUCGACCAGAAGUUCCUGGAGAAGUCAAAGAACCAGCUCAACCUCUUCCUGGAGAAGCUCCUCUUCGACGACAAGCUGUGUCAGAGCGAGGCGCUGUACGCCUUCCUCUCGCCCUCGCCCGACUACCUCAAGACGACGGGCAGCUGCAAGAAGAGCUCCGGCUUCUCGCUGGCCAACCUCCUGGAGCGCCUCCCGGGAGACCUGCUCACCCACAAGGACGACGAGGACGAGAGCGACAGCGACCUCUCCGACUCCGAGGUGGACGGGUUGCUGAGCCGGCGCGACUCCAUCGCCGAGCCCUGCUUCCUGCUCCUCGGGGAGAUCUUCGAGCUGCGCGGAAUGUUUAAGUGGGUGCGGAAGACGCUCAUGGGCUUCGUGCAGAUCACUUUCGGGAGAACCAUCAACAGACAGAUCGGCGAGAGCAUCGAGUUUGUGUUCAGCGAGACGAUGGUGGCGUCGUACGUGAACGCGCUGCGCGAGGCCUACUGGCCCGACGGGCGCCUCGCCGCGGCCGGGCCCGCGCGCACGCCCACGCACGCCCGCGAGGCCCGGGCGUCCGCACGCCAGCGGCUCCUUGAGAACAUCCCAGACCUCCUGCAGGGCCUGGUGGGAGCGGAGAACGCCCGGCACGGAACCCUCAAGGUGCUCGCUGGCCUGCAGGAGAACCGCGCCAACAAACACCUCAUUUACGUGCUGCUGCAGAUGUUCCUGCUGGAGCUGUGUCCGGAGCUCAAGGAGCUGGUGGAGCGUCCACGCGACCACUCGGCCGCAGCCGCCGCCACCGCCGGCGCAGCCGCCAACGUCGUCACCACCACCAGCGCCGCCGCCGCCGUCGACACGGACGACAACCUGGACUAAGCUUGCCCCGUGAACUCGCCCCUCGCUCGCCCCCCUCCCUGCAUCUCGCCGCCAGGAGCGGGUGGAGCGGGUGGAUCAGGGUGGAGCAGGGUGGAUGGAGGUGAUGUAGAGACAGAGACGGAGUGAUGUGAUGGUGAUGUAGAGACGGAGUGAUGUGUGAUGGUGAUGUAGAGACAGGGUGAUGUGAGCGAUGCCACUCGGAGCAUUGCGUUGACGACGACUUGAACUCGAGCUGGUAAUGUUCUGCUCACCCCAAUUUGUCUCAUGAAUCUGGGUGGCACCCCGUGCUUGGGCUGCUUGGGUCCCUGGGCUUCAUGCUCGCUUCCCUUCACCAAUUGUCGUCGUCAUCGUCGUCAUCGUCACCCUCUUAAGUUCUUACAGGGUCUACCCACUUGGCUGUGAGCGGCAAUGGUUUACACACUCGCACGCACCCCCUGCACCCUGUGGGCACCGUAGGGAUAGAGAGAUCACUGCCGCGCUUACAUGUAGCAUGGCGUCUAGAGAGUGGGGGGGGGGGGGUCUCGUAACGCGCUGGGUGUAACGUAACGCACUGGGCGUAACGCGCUGGGUGACGUAACACGCCACUUCGCAGUUCGGCUCCUGGGAGGUUCCUUUC